AUGUCAUUUCUGAAUGGCACUAGCCUAACUCCAGUCUCAUUCAUCCUAAAUGGCAUCCCUGGAUUGGAAGAAGUGCAUUUGUGGGUCUCCUUCCCUCUGCGUACCAUGUAUAGCAUUGCAAUCACAGGCAACUUUGGCCUUAUGUAUCUCAUCUACUCUGAAGAAGCCUUACACAGACCAAUGUACAUCUUCCUAGCCCUUCUUUCCUUCACAGAUGUUCUCAUGUGCACCAGCACGCUUCCCAACACUCUCUGCAUAUUGUGGUUCAAUCUCAAGGAGAUUGAUUUUAAGGCCUGCCUGGCCCAGAUGUUCUUUGUGCACACCUUCACAGGGAUGGAGUCUGGGGUGCUCAUGCUCAUGGCCCUGGACCGCUUUGUGGCCAUCUGCUACCCCUUGCGCUAUGCUACUAUUCUCACUAGUUCAGUCAUUGCCAAGGCUGGGCUCCUCACUUUUCUUAGAGGUGUAAUGCUUGUUAUCCCCUUCACUUUCCUCACCAAACGCUUGCCGUACUGCAGGGGCAAUGUCAUACCACAUACCUACUGUGACCACAUGUCUGUGGCCAAGAUAUCCUGUGGCAAUGUUAAGGUCAAUGCCGUCUAUGGUUUGAUGGUUGCCGUCUUGAUUGGGGGCUUUGACAUCCUGUGCAUCACAGUCUCCUACACCAUGAUCCUCCGGGCAGUGGUCAGCCUGUCCUCAGCAGAGGCUCGGCAGAAGGCCUUCAGCACCUGCACUGCACACAUCUUUGCCAUCGUCAUUACCUAUGUCCCAGCCUUCUUCACCUUCUUUACACAUCGUUUUGGGGGACGCUCCAUUCCUCCACACAUACAUAUUAUUAUGGCUAAUCUCUAUCUACUCAUGCCUCCUACAAUGAAUCCUAUUGUGUAUGGGAUAAAAACCAAGCAGAUACGAACAUGUAUCACUAGGUUCUUGCUUCAAGGAAAGGACAAUCCUUUGCAUAACAUUUAA